GCCCCAGCGUCGCCAAUCGGCUUCCCUCUUGGAGAGAGUGGACCAAUCAGCGACAGUCUUCGAUGAAUAUUCAUGAGUCCGAGAUUCAAACCUUUGAGCGAGUUUGUCUUGGUCCACAGCAUCAUACCUAGGACUUUUCACAGGCACAAACUACAUUUUCUUAUGAAUGGAAAGAGAAAAAAUCAGUUCGGCUUAAAUUGGGACCCGUCCUUCACUGAGAUCAUAGAAGGAAAACAACAAAAGCAAGACAAGGGGAAUCGCAAGAAGAGAUGACAAUGACUACAAUUCCAGAAAGUCUUAAUAGCCCUGCCUCAGGAAAAACCGUUUUCAUGGAGUUUGGACCCCCGAGUCAACAAAUGUCGCCUCCCUCCAUGUCUCACGGACACUAUCCCAUGCACUGUUUACAUUCUGCAGGUCAUACCCAGCACGACAGCUACAGCCCAGCCUCAUCGUUCCCCAGAUCUUUGGGUUAUCCAUACGUAAACUCCGUCGGCAGCCAUUCCACCAGUCCAUAUCUCAGUACAGUACAGACCUACCAAAACAGCUCGGCACUCACACAGACGCGGUUAGAGGACACAGCGCCAGAAGAGAAAAACACAGUGGUGGAAGGCGGAGAGGUGCGAUUCAACGGAAAGGGGAAAAAGAUUAGGAAACCAAGGACUAUCUAUUCGAGUUUACAACUUCAAGCUCUGAACAGGAGAUUUCAGCAGACUCAGUAUUUGGCGUUACCGGAGAGAGCUGAGCUCGCAGCGUCGCUGGGUCUCACUCAGACACAGGUGAAGAUCUGGUUUCAGAAUAAACGAUCUAAAUUCAAGAAACUGAUGAAGCAAGGCAGUGGCACAAUUGACGCCAACGCUUUAGCCUCUGCCCGCGGACUGUCGAGCGGUUCUCCCACGGUGGCACCUGUCUGGAGCUCGCCGACCACCGUGAAAACUUCAGUGGGGACGACCGGAUCUUACAUUCCCAGCUACACCUCAUGGUAUCCAACCACACACCAAGAGUCUAUGCAACAGUCACAGCUCAUGUGAACAGAGACCUCAGCCCACGACUCUGCCAUGGCUUCGUGUAUCAGGAUGUCGAAGGGGCCUGCAGCCGCUCAGCGUGGCCCUGCUCUGAAAACACACAACGACAACCCCGGAGUUUGCUGCCGCAUGUCGCCAGCUGACACAGUGGCCUCCUCAUACCGGAUGACGGCAAGCAAGGGAUUGGAAGACUGAAGAAGCACGCAAUGCGCCCAAGGGCAACAAGUCCAUGACAGUCAGCGGAAACCGUCGACAAAUGGAUCCUUUUAUUGGCUGCUGUUUAUCACUUUUGUGUCAGUUUCUAUUUUUUUCCUUUCUUCAAAAAGUCAUAUUUGUGUGAGUUAUUCUGUUUAUAAGAAAACAACGUGUUUGUUUACACCUGAUGUGGGGGCCCAAGGUGAUGAUGACCUAAAAUCAAUCUGCAUUCAUUAACAGCUAAAUGCCGAUUAGGCCGGAGGGGUGUUUCUUUAACCAAAUAACAGGCCUAAUGAGUCACAGAACAUGUUGUGCGAAGCCUCAACUUGCUACUAUGUUGUUUAUAUGUGUUUGUUAUUUAAGUUAAAUUAUUCAGAGGAGGUUUUUUUUUUCUUUCUGUUGAGGUCAGUCUGUGUUCAUUUUGUAAGUGUGUUUGAAAUAACAACACUGUGUUGUUAAUGCUGCACUAUCGCAAGCAAAGCUUUUCUAUGCCGUGCCCCCCCCCCCCCC